AUGGAGAGUAAUACCAUUGAUGUCAAUUCAAACUCAAAGCGGCGCACUCCAGCCUGGGGUCUCCAGUUUGCACGAAAUGCCGCAAAGGGCGCACAGGAACUGAAGGAGCAGAGAGUGCCCUGCGAGGCGGGGGAGGGCGGGUGGCGGCUUCAGUUCGUCGAUUUCUUUUGGGGGUUUCUAACUCCCAUCGUUGUGCCUUUCAGGACCGAUGAAUAUGGCGAGGGGCCAGGUUGCCAGCGAGGAGGAAUAGCGAGAUCUAGGAUGAAGACGAGCAAGAUCAAGGGAGAAUGUUGGCGGGGGCGGGGCGAGAUCAACGGGGUGGCAAGAUCGAGGGCGAGGAAGGGAGAUCGAGGGUACCCCUUGGAGCUGGACAGCGUGGCAGCAAGCUUGUUGUUCCUUAAGGGACUAGGACUUGGAUGCUGGCACAAACAG